UGUGUGUGUGUCUAGACGCUGAAGGACCCGGAUGUGAUUCGGCCGAGCGAUGGAGGCUGAGCGGAUCCGGGCUCCGUCCCACAUGUAAACAACACAUUAAGCGCUCUCCUUUGUUUAAGAAAAGCGAAACCCGCCUCGAUCAGGAGCAUGAGAUUAUCGCACAAGAAUCCACUCAUCUGAGCACCAAAAUGUCGAUGGAAGAUCCGUUUUUCGUGGUGAAAGGAGAGGUGCAGAAGGCUGUGAACACAGCUCAGGGGCUUCAUCAGAGAUGGAUGGAGCUGCUACAGGACCCGGGUGGAGCCAGCAAGGAGGAGGUGGACUGGACCACCAAUGAGCUGAGGAACAGUUUGAGGUCCAUUGAAUGGGACUUGGAGGACUUGGACGAGACUAUCAGUAUUGUGGAGGCUAAUCCAAAGAAGUUCAAUCUGGAUGCGAUGGAGCUGGCCAAGAGGAAAGCCUUCAUCACUAGCACGAGGCAGACAGUCAGGGAGAUGAAAGACCACAUGGCUAGUCCAAUGGGAGUUACAGUGCCCGAGAGAAAAAAUCGACAGACUUUAAUGGGUGAUGGUGGGUCUCGUGGCCCAAUCUGGCAACCCAGUGCUGAUAAGUACACCAGACUAGACCGGGAGCUGCAGACGGCAAACUCACAGUUCAUCGAGGAACAACAGACCCAGCAACAGCUCAUAGCAGAAACGCAGGAUGAGCAGCUGGAGCUGGUGUCGGGAACUAUUGGGGUCCUGAAGAACAUGUCCCAAAGGAUCGGCCAAGAGCUGGAUGAGCAAUCUGUAAUGCUGGAUGAUUUUUCACAUGAGAUGGACAGCACUCAAUCCAGACUGGAUAACGUCAUGAAGAAGCUGGCUAAAGUUUCUCACAUGACCAGCGAUCGGCGACAGUGGUGCGCUAUCGGCAUUCUUCUGGCCAUCCUGUUUGUGGUGAUCAUCCUCUUCAUUGUUCUGUGAACAGCACUCCUCCGUCCUCUGCCACUACAGCACUCCCUCCUGCGAACGCUCGCUCCAGCGAAGGUGCUUUAGAGACAAACAAACCCUUCCUCCAUCUUUAGUCCAUGAUACAGCAGAACGCUGCUGCUUCGUAACCUUUUUGUUUUCUUCUAGACAACCCAGACCGAAAACGAAUGUGUAACAUGGCGUGUAAAAACAAGGGCUGUUUUUUCGGUUUGGCGAUAAUACGGUCUGAAUCAUUUCAUACAAGUUGUGUCGUAAUCCAGGGUAAACCAUUUCUUUCCAAUGGACCAUGAUUUUAAAAUGCUUAAAGGCAUGUUUCGCCCAAAAAUGAAAUGAACCCCUGAUUUACAUGAUUUUUUUCUUUCAGAAGAUUACAAUUGGAGUACAAAAUGUCUUGGCUCUUCCAAGCUUUAUAAUGGUUUUUAAUGGGAUUUUGAAGCCCAAAAAGUACAUCAAUCCAUCAUAAAAAGCGCUCCACACCACCCUGGGGGUUAAUACCGGCCUUCUAAAGCAAACUGAUGCAUUUGUAAA